GCGGCGGCAGCGCUCGCGGAGGGCAGGGCUGGCCAAGAGCGGGACUGGCCGGCGGCGACGAGAGCCGCGGAGCUAACGGGUCCUUACGCCGGCGGCGGCAGCUUCCUGCGCGGGCGGCGGCUGCAGGAGUGGUGACCUUGAUGCCUGGCCAGCCCGACCUGGGCCACUGAGUUGAAGAACAGACCAUUCGGCUAAGGGUCAUGCCCAGGGUCUGAGCUGCCAGAUAGGCACAGCAGAACAUUAGAAGAAGCACAUUCUAGCCAGUGCCACUGGGAACUCUGGAUUCAAGCCAGAAACCCAUGAUGGGACAUGUGGGUGAAGCUUCACUCAACUCCAGGUCAUGCUGCCACAUCCCAGCAUCUGACACGUGAAGGGGAGCCUACCAGGGAUUACUGCUGGCGCUGGGCUGAGACCUGGCCUUGGGGGAUGGGCAGAGGAGCCGCUGAACCUGGGCCAGCAGCAUCAGGAGGGAGGCUGCAGCCCUGGCCGGGAGCCCAGCAGCCCCGCAGCUGACCCAGAUGGCGUUUGAAGCGGCACCCCGCUGAGCAGCAGCUGGGACCAGAGGAUCCCACAACAGGAGUGGGGGCUCAGCAAUCACCUACGCAACUGGAAUUGGGACUGUGACCACUGGGAGAAGGGCCAGCACCAGAGGGAAGCAGCAGGGUAGAACCUAACGUACGGAGGAUGUUUGUCUCUGCAGCAGAGUUUUCUCGCGCCCACUGAGCUUCCCAGUCUUCUUCUCUCUGAGUUAGGGCCCUGGCAGAGUGGUUGGACCAGGAGCGCCUUUUGAAAUCCGUGUGCUCUCUGUUGUGAGGAGCCUGAGGGCUUCCCCGCUGCAGGGUACGGAGGCUGCCUCGGUGUCUGCUCAUGAGCCACAAGGACCCUGACUGCUCCAGACUGUACCAUUUCAAGCCGCUGAAGAGGGCGCCCCCCAGAGCUGGCAACCAGCAGCAGCAAGGGACUAAAGGGCUGGAAAGGACUGACCUCCCCCUUGCCAGGGCUGCAGGAGAGGCAGAGCCUCUGUGGCCCAGCUAGUGACGGAGAGACCCAGUGAACCCAUAAGCAGGGACCUGAGUGGCCCAGGGUUCCAGGUUGUCCAGGCCAGGGGAAGCCACUCCUGCUGACUUUGCUUCCUCCUUACGUUACGGGAAAGCCUGGCGUGGGACUUCUCCCGCCGUCCCCUGCCACGGCACGUGCCCUUAUGCCCUUCACACUUGGCCCCAGAAGCCGUGGCUGGCCCCAUGGUGGGCUGGGAGAGCAGUGGCCUCGGUGACCCCUGCCCGCCCGCCCGCCUGGCACCAUGAAGUGCUCUCUGCGGGUCUGGUUCCUCUCCGUGGCCUUCCUGCUGGUGUUCAUCAUGUCCCUGCUCUUCACCUACUCCCACCACAGCAUGGCUGCCCUGCCCUACCUGGACUUGGGGGCUCUGGGGGGCACCCACCGCGUGAAGCUGGUGCCCGGCUAUGCCGGCCUGCAGCACCUCGGCAAGGACGGGCUCUCAGGCAAGAGCUGUGCGUGCCGCCGCUGCAUGGGCGAUGCCGGCACCUCCGACUGGUUCGACAGUCACUUCGAUGGCAAUAUCUCCCCUGUCUGGACCCGAGAGAACAUGGACCUCCCCCCGGAUGUCCAGAGGUGGUGGAUGAUGCUGCAGCCUCAGUUCAAGUCACACAACACCUAUGAGGUGCUGGAGAAGCUGUUCCAGAUAGUACCGGGCGAGAACCCCUACCGUUUCCGCGAUCCCCACCAGUGCCGGCGCUGUGCCGUGGUGGGCAACUCGGGCAACCUGCGGGGCUCUGGCUAUGGGCCGGCUGUGGACGGGCACCACUUCAUCAUGAGGAUGAAUCAGGCUCCAACCGUGGGCUUUGAGCAGGAUGUUGGCAGCCGUACCACCCACCAUUUCAUGUACCCCGAGAGUGCCAAGAACCUGCCCGCCAACGUCAGCUUCGUGCUGGUGCCUUUCAAGGCCCUGGACCUCCUGUGGAUUGCCAGUGCCCUGUCCACAGGGCAGAUCCGAUUCACCUAUGCCCCAGUGAAGUCCUUCCUGCGAGUGGACAAAGAAAAGGUCCAGAUCUACAACCCGGCCUUCUUCAAGUACAUCCAUGACCGGUGGACAGAGCACCAUGGGCGUUACCCUUCCACAGGGAUGCUGGUGCUCUUCUUCGCCCUGCACGUGUGCGAUGAGGUGAAUGUGUACGGAUUCGGGGCCGACAGCCGGGGCAACUGGCACCACUACUGGGAGAAUAACCGGUACGCGGGCGAGUUCCGGAAGACGGGCGUGCACGAUGCGGACUUCGAGGCCCACAUUAUCGACCUGCUGGCCAAGGCCAGCAAGAUCGAGGUCUAUCGAGGCAACUGAGCCUGGCUUCACCGCGACCCUUCCUUCCCAGCCGCGGCCUCGGCGUGGACACAGCGCCCACAUAGGGCGCCCUUGGGGUAAUCCAGAGCGACGCCAGGCUCCGGGUCUGGACCAAUCAUGCUGCAGUCCAGCGAGCGCCUGCUGCCCCCCCGCCAAUCAUGAGAUUCUGGGGGCCUGGCACCAAUCAAUGCUGCAGUUGGGCGGAGACUUUCGUUCUCCCAGCCAAUCAUGCGACUCAAGGAGAACUUCCGGCACUGGGCCUCGUCUCCUCCAAUCAAAGGCCUUCGGAGGCGGGCCAGCGGCCGCUCCUCCCCACCCUAUCCCACACUCCCUUGUGCUUUUGAUAGGACUUUUGUUUUGGCGUUUUAAGGAGUAGAGGUUGGUUUAAACCUCGAUGGGGUACCUGUCUCAGGCCGGUCUGACCCCACCGGGGGCGCCGAGGAGAUGAUGGGGAAGGGUCGGGGCAGUAGUGGCCUCGCCUGGGUGUCCGGCGGAGACGGGCCGGCGUCUCCCGCCCUGCGCGCAGGACUCUUGUGUCCUCGAGGUGGGGCACGAAGGGGAGAGCACAAGGCUUUCUAGUGGUCCAAGGGGGUUCUAGGUCGGCGCUCAGAAGUGCGCUUUAGCCCCAGGAGAAAAGCUCGAGUCCUUCCAAAUCUGUCCAGGCCUCCAAGAGAAUGUUAGCCUCCACAUUUCCUUUAUCAGGCUCAGGUGGGUGAGUGUCAACCCACCAAAGAAAUGCAGUCACGGUGAAAACCCAGAGGGUGGGUGGUCCCUUCAUCUCCUCCCUCUCCUACCAGCCUUUGGCCACCCUAUGGAAUGGCCUUUCUGACCAGGGCAUUUAGUGUCUCUCCAGAAAACUAAAGAAUUAUACUCAACCUCUUGUCAGGGGGUGGAAUUUGCUUAAGGCCUAACUCUGGAACUUAGGUGUAAGGAACAGGGUAAGGGACAAAGAAGCCCUGUCACAUCAGAUGUUAAGGUGCUUCUCACUCACAUGUACCUUCCGACCCUCCUAUAUGCCCACAUUGUUUUAUAGUGUCUCCUUUGGCCCUGGGCCUCCUCACCAGCCUACUUGUUGCUCUGAAAAUCAAAAACUUGCCCAGGGAUUGGGCCCCCUGCUGCUUCAUCCCCUUGCUCUCAUACACGCAUGCAUACACGCAGGUACACCUAGGGAGAGGGAGCAACAUGUUGAGAGGCUGGUGCAUGCACCUUCUUCACCCUUCACCCAUCCACCCUCUUGCUUGGGGUGGAGUUUGCUUUGGGCACUUAAUCUAGUCAGCCUGAAGUUACCAGGUAUAGCUGACCAACAAAGAUUUUUUAAAUUCUAAACUGGCAUGCAGAUAGCCAGGAGUCUAGCUGGGGAGGAACAGACUGGCCCCCCCUGCAUGCCUCUCCCCCUGCCCACGUGUCCCCCUCCCCACCCAGUGCUCACCACCUGCCUCCUCCCUCGGCCCCCUUUCCAUUUCCAGCUCUAGGAGGGCUGGGAAGCUAACAACGUAGGGUUGCAGCUGGAAGCUCUUUCCGUGACUGAACCCAGCUUAAGUCCCUAGAGGAAGCUGCUGAUACCCUCACCCUUAAAGGUUGGGGAAGUUUAGGAGGAGGAGAAAGGGCUUCUGUGAAGCUUCUAAACCACCAAAAGGAUCGCUCUCACAACAGUAACUGACACAAAUCCCACCCUUUUUCUUAGUGAGUUGACAUCACCAAGCACCCUCCUAGCCAUUAGUAUAGUUCCUGCAGCUGGCUGGGGGAACAGAAACCCAGAGGAGAGUAUGUUAAAGGAGGAUUGGGUAGGGCAGUGGGCAUGCCUAGAAAUUAAUAUAUUGAGAACUUCGCUUGAUUCUGUUCCUUCCCAAUUCCAAAAGUAGGAGUAAAGAACGGGAGGCGGCUUUGGGGGACCUUUAGCAGAGUGCCUCUCUCAGGACUUCCUCCAUCAUUUAAGGGAAUCCAAGCACCAGCCGUUCUUGCCAGUCUCAUUUCAGUGCUUCCUAAAGAGGCUAUUUUGAGUCUUUAGAAGAUGAAAAAAAAAUUGCAAUUAUGCCAAACAGUAUUGAACAGAAUAAUUUAUUUCUUUUUUUUUUUGUUUGUUUUGUUUAAACCAUUAAUAAAUACCCAUUUUAGAAGCAGGUCCCAGCAUCCAGCCCAGAUCUUCUUUUCUUCAAUAGUUAUUUAAACGAAUAUUUUUUAUUUUCUUCCUUUCCUUUCUGAAUUAAAAAGAACAACAACAAAAA